AUGAAGCUUUUCUCCGCCAUCUUCGCUGUUUCUCUUCUGGUGGCUAGCACCACUAUCGCCGACGCUGGAGGCAACGCACUGCAGUCUGACAACUGCGAUUCAGGUUUCCCCAAGACCAGCGUUGACUCCAGCGGAAAGCAAGGUGUCCACAUUGUUCAAAGUGGCGGAGGUGACCAGACCGGAUCAAGCAGCACCGAUGCGUCCCAAAACAAUCCCGGCCAGGAGAGCCCCAGCCAGGACAACCCUGACCAAAACAACCCAGGACAGAACACCCCCGACCAAAACUCCACGAGUUCUGACGGAUCGCAGACGCAAACUCCACCUGUCCUCAAGGGCGACUGCAUCCUCACUGGGGACUACAUCAACAACACCGACGUGAGGAAGUGCGACAGUAUCAUCGUCGACUCUCUUCGGGUGCCACCGGGCGUGACGCUGAACUUGACCAAGUUGCAGGACAACGCCAAGGUUUCGUUCAAGGGAACCUCCACUUUCGGCACCAAGCUGUGGGAUGGCCCGCUCGUUAAGCUGCAAGGAAACAACCUCACCGUCACCGGACCCGGCACGCUCGACGGACAGGGGGCUUACUACUGGCCCCUGGGACAGAAGGUCGACAAGCCCGUCUUCUUCAAAAUCUACAGGGUCGCCCACUCCACGCUCUCGGGCUUCACCCUUCUCAACGUGCCGUACCGAACCUUCAGCGUCGGAAACUCCAACUACACCACCAUCACCGGCCUCACUCUCAACACCACGGCUGGCAAUGGCGUCGCCCAAAACACGGACGGCUUCGACCUCAGCAAGAAUGACCACAUCACGAUCACCAAGAACCGCAUCUUCAACCAGGACGACUGCCUCGCCAUGCAGUCCAGCACCAACACCGUCUUCAGCGACAACUACUGCUGCGGCUCGCACGGCAUCUCCAUCGGCUCGCUCGGGGGUCCCGAGCAGAACUCGUCCACCACCGUGGACGGACUCACGGUCACGGGCAACACCAUCGAGAACAGCACCAACGGCAUCCGUAUCAAGACCAUCAUCGGGCUCAAGGGACUCGUCACCAACGCUGUCUACACGAACAACAAGCUCAUCAACGUCACCAACGCCAUCGUCAUGCACUCGGACUACAACAAGACCAAGGGCGGCUACGCGGGCACGCCCACGAGUCUGGUCAAGAUCCAGAGCAUCAAGAUCGACGGGCUCCAGGGCACGGCCGAGAACCUCUACGACAUCGUGGCCAACCCGGACGUCGUGUCGGACUGGACGUUCACCAACAUCGACGUGACGGCUGCGAGCAUCGGCAACUGCACGGGUGAGCCCAGCAACGUCAAGUGCUAA